AUGAGUAACGCGGGUGGCCAAAAAGAAGGGGCGAACAGGGAAGAGGAGGAGAAAGAGAAAGGUAGGCCGAUGGCAGAAGCAGCGUUAGGGAGGGAUAGGAGGCAUAGCCUAGGAGCGACGGCGACGGUGCUAGACUUAUGGAAGAGAAAGCGGGAGGAGGAAGGGGAAAAAGGGGAGGAGGAGGUAGACGAGGUGCAGGAAAGAGGAAGAGUAUUUGGGAAAAGCAGGAAAGUGCACCGGUCGCCGGAGGGUAAGACAGGGGAGGAAGGGAAGGCAGAGGGAGGGGGUAUACAAGAUAUGCUAAGGUUGAUUAGGGAAGAGCUAAAGAUAGGUCUAGAGGAGGUCAAAGGGCAGGGAAGGGGGAUCAGGGAAGAAAUGCAAAAGAUUAAAGGCGAAAUGACUAGAAGGGAAGAGCAGUGGGAAGUAGAGAGGGGGGAGAUGAAGGAAAUGAUGAGGGAUCUAGGUAAAAGACUAGAAGAGGUAGAAAAGCGGAGAGGGGGGGAGAUGGAAAGGGUAAAGGAGAGGCUGAUAGAAUUAGAAAAGAGGAGUGCAGAAGGAGGGGGAGAAAAGCAGGUACAGGGAAAUGCGGAAGUGGCGCAGGUAACAACAGAUAGAUUAAAAGAGAUGGAGUGGGCCAUAGAGAGGAAAGAAGGGGAAAUAGAGUAG